GCGCAGGGUCCGGCCGCCGCAGCCGCUCGGAGCUUUGGGCAGAGGUGCAGAGCGCGGGCCACGGGCAAGCGGGGGAGCGGGGCAGGCAGCGGCAGCGGCAGCGGCAGCGGCGGGGGAGCCGGCAGCAGCCCCCCGGCGGGCCCCGAACGACGCGGCCGACGCUCCUGCAAACUUGGGCGCGCGCUCGCGCCACGGCGCCCGCGGCCCGAGCGAUGAAGAUGGUCGCGCCCUGGACGCGGUUCUACUCCAACAGCUGCUGCCUGUGCUGCCAUGUCCGCACCGGCACCAUCCUGCUGGGCGUCUGGUACCUGAUUAUCAACGCUGUGGUACUGCUGAUUCUGUUGAGCGCCCUGGCUGACCCAGACCAGUAUCACUUUUCAAGUUCUGAGCUAGGAGGUGACUUUGAGUUCAUGGAUGAUGCCAACAUGUGCAUUGCGAUUGCAAUUUCUCUUCUCAUGAUCCUGAUUUGUGCAAUGGCUACUUACGGAGCAUACAAGCAACGCGCUGCCUGGAUCAUCCCGUUCUUCUGUUACCAGAUCUUUGAUUUCGCCCUCAACACCUUGGUUGCCAUCACUGUGCUUGUGUAUCCGAACUCCAUUCAGGAAUACAUACGACAGCUGCCUUCUAAUUUUCCCUACAGAGAUGAUAUCAUGUCCGUGAAUCCUACCUGCUUGGUCCUUAUUAUUCUUCUGUUUAUCAGCAUUAUCUUGACUUUUAAGGGUUACUUGAUUAGCUGUGUUUGGAACUGCUACCGAUACAUCAAUGGCAGGAACUCCUCUGAUGUCCUGGUUUAUGUUACCAGCAAUGACACUACGGUGCUGUUACCCCCUUACGAUGAUGCCACUGUGAAUGGCGCGUCCAAGGAGCCACCACCCCCUUAUGUGUCUGCCUAAACCUGAAAGUGGGGCAGAGCUGAGCGCAGCGGCUUGAUUUUCAGACGUCAGAGCAAUAGUUCUUUCAUUUCACUUCUGGGUUGAGUUCUCUGAGCUUAUUUGUUGCUGAAACGCUACAGUUUUAAAAUUUAGAUGUUCAGUUGAAUCCCUCUUUAGUUUUAAAGACACGCUUCAGCUAGAGCACUGUGAUAGACUCACUGUAGAAUUCUUUGUGUAGGGGUGGGGCGCAGCGGGCUUACCUAGUCUUCCCUGGUUUUCCCUAGACAUUGAAACUUCCCAGCAGUGUGGAUGAACCUGGAGUCAGAGAAGUCUGUACCUGCUGGGCCCCAGAGUCGGGGGGAAUUAGUCAUCCUUUUUCUCUGUCUUCCCUCUGUCUCUUUUCAAAGUGUAAAAUAAAAUCGAAAUUAGACGAUGCUUUUCUUAAGCCAUUCCAGUGUUUGAACAAACCCUUAUGGAACAGGAAUGUCAACUGUGUAAUCAUUGCUCUAAUUAGAUAAAUAGGAGUCCAUAUCUAUAUAAAUAAAACAAGAAUUUCCUUAAGAUUCUUUUUGACUUAAAGUCAGUGACAGUUUGUAUCUGCUGUUCAAGGAUUUUGUCCAUGGGCUAAAUUGACACCCUUCAGCAAUCCCAGCCAGUGACGGCAGCCGCUCUCCAAUGGCUGUUCUUGCACACCCCGUGUCGGGGGUCGUGGAGUGGCAUGUCCCAUCUGUGUUACAGAGGUGGAACUGAUUUGUUUAGUUUCGCAUGGUAUCUGGUGCUUCCUUCCUCCUGGCUUCCCAUCCCUACCCAGGACCCUUCUCGUUAAGUAUUUACCUAAUAGUAUGAAACAAAAUUUUCUUCUUCUCUCCCUGCAAGGAACAUCCUACUGUUUUGAGAUUCUGAGUAUGCCUUGUCAUCUUUGAAACAUAAGACGGUCUUCAGAAAAAUGAGGAGGGGUGCUUUUCUUGUGGAAUGCUCGUAUCUCGACUAUCUGAAGUUCAAGGGACUUUUAUACAUUUCAUAUAUUCAUAAGUCACAGUUCUCCCGUUUGUUCAUUGUUGAGUGUGCUGUAAAUGAAGGCUUUGCAAUUAAAGUGACAUUUGCCCACAUCUGAGAAAAUAACCUUUUGACUCUGUGGUCAUCGUACCUAGGGACCCUUCCCACCCACAUGUGGCCAUGCCGACACACGUAGUUUGGCCUGAGGAGGCAGCUUUACAGCUUGUUUCACACAUAUGUAUUUUUUAAUAUUUCGGUGCUGAUAAAAUCAGAGUAUCUUAGGCCAAGAGAAAUGGAGCCAAACUGACCCGAGCUUCUAACGUUCCUAAACCCCACCUCUGCCGAGCUCCACGUGCUCGGCUGUUUUGCGUAUGGUUGUUUAGGUCCAUGGUGUACUUUUAAUAAGCAGUUCAGAUUUUACUCCAUGCCAAGGGAGAUUAAAUGAGAGAGGUGGGAGGGGAGAUUUUUAUCCCUGAGAAUCAGCCUCGGUGAUUUCUCUUGGUAUAUCUCGUGAGUGUUCUUUAUAAACUCACCCUGAGAAAUGCUGUUCCUGGAAGCUUUGUGCCCAGAAGACUCACACUAAGUUAAUCAUAUUAAGAGGUGUUAGGAAUGGAAAAAGGCCUCUUGGCAGUUUCACUGACCCUCGAAGGCACGUGGCAUGUCACGGUGGUUUGCGUGUUCCUCCCUGUGAUUUUCCAGCUCUUUGUCUAAUGGUGGUGGUAUGAAAAAUGGCACACAUGGGCAGGCAGAGAGAAGUGCUGAUUUUGAGAGUCUGUGUAGGAGCCUCAGAGUGGAUCUUGUUCAGGUGACCCUCAGUCCACACCAUAGAGUAUCUCUUCGCUCUGAGCAUCCACGAUGGGGCUGGCUUUGCGGCCUUUGCUGCCUCACAGCAUCACCCAGGCUGCGUGAAAGCUGCCUCCAUACCUCUGCAGGGUAAGGAAUCGUCCUCCCAACUCCGCUGUGGGGAGGUUGUGAUGUUUGGACCCCACAGAGGGGCGCCUGGGUGGCUCAGUCAGUUAAGCAUUUGACUCAUGGGUUUUGGCUCAGGUCAUGAUCUCACGGUUCGUGAGACUGAACCCUGCGUCGGGCUGUGCACUGACAGCUUGGAGCCUGUUUGGGAUUCUCCGUCUCCCUCUCUCUGCCCCUACCCUGCACUCUCUCUCUCUCAAAAUAAACUUCGAAAAAUAAAAAUAAAAUGGCUCUAAAGAGCAGA